GCUCUUCCAAUCCCAGGAAGCGAAAUACGCUUGGAACUUCAGCGAACUGUUGGGCCAAGAGAGGCAUGGGGUUGCUGCGUUAGUUCAGGUCUACGGACUAACUAUAGUCUAGUAAAAGUCUCACUCAAAAUCAAAAAAGUAUCCGAAGAGUUGUUCUCGACAGGCUUCGAUGACGAAAUCUUUAAGGAGCUGAUAUAAUUUGGACUUUUAAAUUGCAUCUCUUGGCUAACGAGCUGACAUUAAACGAUGAUCCCCAUGACUUGAGAUUUCUCGCUGUGUUGGAGCGAACACCAGAAGCGAGUACUUCCUCUGGACGACAAGACAUCGCCACCUGUGAAACGAGUAAAUCAUGCCCUUGCCAUUUGGCUUUAAGCUCAAAAGGACUCGAAGGUAUACUGUUUCAAGCAAGAGCUGUCUUGUCACUCGGAUUCAGCUUCUGAAUGGAGAGUUUGUUGAGUUUACGCUGUCUGUGGAGAGCACUGGGCAGGAAUGUUUGGAGGCAGUAGCCCAGAGACUUGAGUUAAGAGAGAUCACAUAUUUCAGUCUGUGGUACUUCAAUAAGCAGAACCAGCAGAGAUGGAUCGACUUGGAGAAAGCCUUAAAGAAACAGUUGGACAAAUAUGGGCAGGAGCCCACAGUUUACUUUGGAGUUUUGUUUUACAUACCCAGUGUUACCCAACUGCAACAGGAGAUCACAAGAUACCAGUAUUACCUACAGUUGAAGAAGGAUGUUCUGGAAGGCAGGAUCACAUGCUCACUGGACCAGGCUAUUCGUUUAGCCAGUUUAGCAGUACAAGCUGACUUUGGAGACUUCAAUCGAUACGACUCCCAGGAAUUUCUUCAGAAGUUUGCACUAUUCCCUAUUGACUGGAUUCAGGAUGAACGCGUGCUGGAGGAGGCCACUCAGAAAGUGGCAAUUCUCUAUCAGUCAUUCAGAGGUUUUUCAGCUCCUGAGGCAGAAAUGCUGUACAUGCAGGAGGUUGAAAAAUUGGAAGGAUAUGGGCAGGAGAGCUAUCAAGCCAAGGACAACACAGGCGUGGACGUCACUCUGGGUUCCUGUCUUGAUGGUAUCUUUGUAAAGUAUAAGAAUGGACGUUCACCUUUAUUAUAUCGGUGGCAUGAAAUUACCAACAUGAAUCACAAUAGGUCCUUCUUUGGCCUGGAGCUCAGCAACAGAGAGGAGAGUGUUCAGUUCCAGACCGACGACAUGGAAACGUCUAAAUACGUCUGCCGCAUGUGUCUGGCCAGACUCAAGUUUUAUAAGAUCAACAAGAGCAACUUAGAGGAGAGUCCCCCCCUGCCCUCUGAGAGCUCCCAGAAGUCCCUUCUCACUCUAUCCUUUCCUCGUUUUCCAAUACUCUCUCGCACAUUUCUGCCUUCAGAUAAGGGCCAAACUCCACCUACAGCAGUCAAUUUAGUCAGACGGAGAUCUUCAACGAGAAUUUCUCUGCCAAAGUCUCAGGCCUACUUGAUGCCUCAGAUGCACUACAAUGGCCAUUUUACUGAGCCCUACACUUCAUCACAAGAUAACCUGUAUAUGAAUCCCCAGAAUGGUUUUUACUACCACUCCCAGACCAGCCUGGACUGCUCUCCUCUUGAGUACAGCAGCGGAGGGCGUCUGCGCAACGGCAGCGUCUACAGCGCCCACAGCACCAGCUCACUGAACAAUCCCCAGCACUACCUUCAGCCCUCGCCCAUGUCCUCUAACCCCUCCAUUACGAGUGACAUCACCAGGCCAGACUUCGUUCCCUCCCAUCGCCACAGCGCGCUCAUCCCACCCUCCUAUCGCGCCACUCCUGAUUACGAGACGGUGAUGCGGCAGAAGAACCGAGGCAUGGCGGGGGGCAUGGUUCUGUCUCAGGAGCAUCGGCAGAGCCACUCCAUGAGGAAUUUGAACAUCGGGAACUCGUACGCGUACAGCAGACCGGACCCUCUGGUUUACAGCCAACCAGAAAUAAGAGUAGAGUACGGCGGAACGUCCCAGCAUCACCAGUACCCCUUUCAUCUGGGCUCCAGCUUCCACAGCCCCUCUCCGUACCCCUACCCUCCAGAGCGGAGGCCCGUUGUUGGAGCUGUCAGCGUCCCAGAGCUCACAAACGUCCAGCUGCAGCAGGCGCAGGAAUAUCCGGCCCCCAACAUCAUGAGAACGCAGGUCUACCGACCGCCGCCACCUUGCCCGUACGCUCACCCGCGUCCUGCCAACAGCACGCCUGACCUGUCUCGUCACCUCUACGUCAGCAGCAGCAACCCAGACCUGAUAAUCACCAGACGAGUCCAUCACUCUGUCCAGACCUUCCAGGAGGACAGCCUGCCUGUCGCACACUCCCUACAGGAAGUAUCAGAGCCUCUGUUCAGCGCUCCGCCGCAUCGACAGCCGUACCACGCUCACAAGCGAAACUCCAUCGAGAUCGCCGGUUUGGCUCACAGCCUGGAGGCAGUGAGGGUCAAAGAGAGAACUAUGUCCUCCUCAGCAGCGGAAGCAGCGACCCCACCUCCUGUGGUGCAUUCUGGGUCCCAGGUUAACGUGUUUUUAGAACAUGCUAAGUCGGCGGAGAGGGCAGACGCACAGUACGGACACAAAAAGUCUCUGUCCGAUGCGACAAUGCUAGUUCAUAGUAGCGGGGAAGAUGAGGAGUUGGAGGACGAUAGUGGGCGUCACACUCCUCUUUCACAGGAAGCGGUGGUUAUUCCAGAGCAGCCGUCACCGCAGCAGCAGCAGCAUCGCAGCCUGACGUCUCUGUCCUCUGUGACGACUCAGCAACAAAUCCCGAAGGAGCCGCCUCCCGCGUAUCCCAUAGGAUCUGCCCUAGACCCCUCCAAAACCAGCCCCCUGGUCUAUAAAGUUCACCCUCGGAUCCACAAAGGAGAGCCGCUUUACAUGCUGUCAGAUUUGAGACAACCUGAAAUUAUGCCCUCAGUGUCUGAGAGCGACGUGAGCGAGCAAGACAAUCACAAGCCCAAGAGAGACUUCAGUAAGGGACCCGUGUUCGCACUUCCUGCUGGAGGACAAUCGUUGCAGGGUUUACCUCCUCCGGGGAUGAAGAAAGGAUCCAGGUUAGAGGUGAGGAAGAUGGGCCCUCUGAAGGUGGCCCGUCACAACGGCCUGUCGGUGUCCAGGAAGGUGGUGCAGAACGAGGUCAAAGACGAGCCGGAGCAGCCGUCUAAUGACGAGAAAUGCAAGUUGCUGGAGCAGCAUGUGGAAAUGGGGGAGCUGCUGAAGGAGUUUGAGAGCGUCCCAAAGCGCGUCCCAGGAGAGGAUUGCAACACGGCCCUGCUCGCUGAGAACAGAGACAAAAACCGCUUCGCAGACGUCCUGCCUUAUGACAGCAGCAGAGUGGAGCUGGUUCCCACUAAAGAGAACAACACGGGCUACAUCAACGCAUCGCACGUUAAGGUAACAAUAGGCGGACAGACGUGGAGCUACAUCGCUGCACAGGGUCCUCUGUCUCACACGUGUGCAGACUUUUGGCAGAUGGUGUGGGAGGAGGACGUCUCCAUCAUCGCCAUGGUGACUGCUGAAGAGGAGAGCGGUCGAGAGAAGAGCUGCCGUUAUUGGCCUCGUCUCGGCUCCCGUCACAACACGGUGACUUACGGCCGAUUCAGGAUCACCACGCGCUUCAGGACGGAAUCUGGCUGCUACGCCACCACGGGGCUGAAGAUCAAAAACGUCCCCAAGGACCAAGAGAGGACCGUCUGGCACCUGCAGUACACGGACUGGCCUGACCACGGCUGUCCAGAGGACUUUAAAGGUUUCCUCACGUACCUCGAGGAGGUCCAGUCUGUGAGGAGACACACGAACGCCAUCAGUGACCCGAAAAACAUCAACCCAGUGCUGGUCCACUGCAGCGCUGGAGUGGGUCGCUCCGGAGUCGUCAUCCUUUCUGAGCUCAUGAUAGCUUGUCUGGAGCACAACGAGGUGCUGACUGUCCCAGAAGUCCUGAGGAUGCUGCGUGACCAGAGGAUGCUGAUGGUUCAGACGUUGUCUCAGUACACGUUCGUCUACAAGGUUCUCAUCGAGUACCUCCGCAACUCCAGGCUCAUCUGAUGGGCGACACGUCCCGGAUUACCGCAGAGGGGAGGAUUAAGCGUUUAUAACAAACUGCACUGAGGCAGCUGCUCAUAUCUGUCCCAAGCGUGGACGCCAUAAUUUGGACACCGUUUUUGCCAAGUAUUAAAUCAUUUUCAUUCUAAGAAGUGAAAUGAUGAGAGAGAAGAGACGCCACAUGAAGAAACUCGGACUGUGACCUGCCUCUUAACAGUAUUAUCUUAAAGAUAUUAUUUUUUUACACACGCAGGUUGUUUAACAAAGCCCAGCACUUUGAUGGUACCACGAGUACAAAAUGAAGUAAUGCUAAGCUGCAUAAACAAAUACUAUUGAAAACUUUUAUGUUCAUUUAAUGAAGGAUACUGUUGAAAUCACGGAUAAGUGCUUCUGAAUAGACAAGAAAAAAAUCUUUGAAAACUUAAUUUAUGUUAAUAAUUUGAUUCCAAAUGUAAAACUUGGAAACGUUAUGCAGUGAUAUUUGAUAAAUAUGGUUUACAGGUAAGUUUGAAUAUUGCAGAAGACUAAUAAAAAGGUGGUGUACAGUGCAAAAACACAAAGUGUUACCAAGUACAUUUAGUGCAAAUAUCUUGGUACACUUGAAAUAAUAA